CCUGGCCUCACCACUCCUGUGGUUUCAGCGCACUGGCCCUUUAAGAUUUAGGAUUUGGGAGUGACGCGGAUGUGGGAGUUUAUCCUUCUCUGCUGCGCGGAGAGAAACACUUUGAACACAACCCGAGCAGCGACCGUCAGCCAUAAUUAAUUAGCUCAUUAUGGUGCUGCUGCACAUGAGUCGUUGAAUGAAGCCGGAGCGGGAUGUGUUGAGGUUGCGACUGAUUAAUCACGUCGGGAUUCUUGGUGCCAGGGCCUCCUCCGCCUCCUCCUCUUCCUCCCCCUCCGCCUCUUCCUCUGAGCUCCGGGGAUAAACUUCGGAGAACUUCUUUGUAUCCUCGGACUCUCAGCUCGGCCAACAGGCUGAACAUGGACUGGGGCACGGAGCUUUGGGACCAAUAUGACAUCAUCGAGAAGCACACGCAGUCCGGCCUGGAGCUGGUGGAGAAGUAUGUGAAGUUUGUGAAGGAGAGGACGGAGAUCGAGCAAAACUAUGCCAAACAACUGAGGAACCUCUCAAAGAAAUUUAACCUAAAGAGAAGCAACAAAGAUGAACCAGAGUGCAGAUUAUCCAGCUACCAGUCUUUUUCGGAUAUCCUGAAUGAGAUGAAUGACUACGCCGGUCAGAGGGAGCUGAUUGCUGAAAACAUGAUGAUGAACAUUUGCAUCGAUCUCACCAAAUACCUGCAAGAGCUGAAGCAGGAGCGGAAGACGUAUCUGAUGGAGGCUAAGAAGGCCCAGCAGAGUAUGGAGAGCACCUACAAGCAACUCGACAGUAGUAAAAAGCGCUUCGAGAGGGAGUGGAGAGAAGCGGAGCGUGCAGCACAGUACGCCGAGAAGACCGAUCAAGACAUCAACGCCACGAAGGCAGACGUCGAAAAAGCCAAACAGCAGGCUCAUUUGAGGGCACAUGUAGCCGAGGAGUGUAAGAACGACUACGCUGCUCAGCUCCAGAAGUACAACAAGGAGCAGAGCCAGUUCUACUUUAACGACAUGCCACUAAUAUUCAACAAUCUGCAGGAUCUGGAUGAGAGGCGAGUACGAAAGAUUGCCCAAGGUUACAUUUUGUUCUCGGACACAGAGAAGCAUGUGAUGCCUAUCAUUGGCAAGUGCCUGGAAGGCAUUACUAAAGCCGGCACUAACAUUAAUGAGAAGAAUGACUCCAUGGUUGUAAUAGAGCAGAACAAGUCGGGCUUUGAGCGUCCUGGAGAUGUGGAGUUUGAGGACUACAGUCAGGGCAUCAACCGGGCCUCAUCUGACAGCAGCCUGGGCACGCCCAAAGGCCCCCUGGACCUCCUGGGAAAAAACAAGAGCAAGAAAAUUUGGCUUUUCAGCAAAAGGGGCAAGCUCUCUCCCUCCACGCUCCCACCUUUCUCCACACCCCCCGCCCCCUCGCCUGCUAACGGACCCCCCUCCCCCAAGUUCGGCCGGGACCCCCUGUCGUACUGUUUGAAGGAGAUCAAUAAGACAGUCAAACCCAGAAUCUCUUCCUUCCGGACGCUCAGGAGAUCGCCGACAGUGACGGAGGACUUCUCACAUCUUCCUCCAGAGCAGCGCAGGAAGAGGUUGCAACAGAAGCUGGAGGAAGUUUGCAAGGAAUUGCAAAAGGAAGUAGAUCAGAGCGAGGCUCUGGGGAAGAUGAAAGAUGUUUAUGAGAAAAAUCCUCAGAUGGGAGACCCCGCUAGUCUGGCAUCCCAAAUCAGCCAGACAUCCCAGAAUAUAGAGCGACUGAGGGGAGAGGUCAAUAAGUAUGAGACCUGGCUGGCUGAAGCAGGAGGUCGAGGGGAAACGUUGCGCUACAAACCUCACAUGUUCAACAAUAACGGAGCUCACGAUUUACAAAGCCCCGAUGGAGCUCACUCAGAUGAAAGCACUCCUGAUCCCUCCCAAGCCAUCUACGCAGAGUUCGACGAUGACUUUGAAGAUGACGAACUAACUGCUGCUAUUGGGAAUUGCACGGCCAUGUACAACUUCCCUGGUGCGAGUGAAGGGACCAUCUCAAUGUCGGAGGGGGAGGUGCUGGCUGUGGUGGAGGAGGACAAGGGCGACGGCUGGACCCGUGUCCGCAGGAACAACGGGGACGAAGGCUACAUCCCCACGUCUUACGUCUCGCUCUCCCUGAACAAAUGACACGUGUACGCGUGGGGAACAAAAGAAGUAGAGAUUAACACUUUGUAGAACUGUAUGCAGUUUUCCCCCAUGGGACCGAUCAUAAAGAGGCGACAUCAUGCUGGGUGAGACCCCUUGUAAGUCCAGGGAGGGAUCCAAACAACGUGCUUUGAUUUCUUGAGGGAGAGGCCCCAUGUGAGCAGAGGCAUGGUGCUGAGAGGAUGAGCCUCACGGCCGUCAUUACAUUGUUGUACCUAAACCACAAGGAUAUUUAAAUUUUGAUUUCAUGUCACAAUGUUUUUCAUUUUGGUUUUGGUUUAUAAGUGUUGCAUGGAUCUGAGGCACCAUCCUGGUCGCUCCACGGCCGAAGAAGACGCUAGUUUUCUGAAUUUGAGAGGAAGAAGAAGAGGAGGAAGAGGAGGAAGACAAGAGCUGCUGCCAUCUUUACACUGAGUGUUAAUAUGAGUAAUGCAUAGGAGAAGGUUACAUCCACCGUUUACUUAUUUCAGAUAAAAACUGACCCGUCUGACCCAUGUCACUCCCCGGCCGAACGGAGAACACGAUCGGUUGGAGUCUUUUGUCUCAGGCGUGACACUUUCUACUUUAAAUAGCACUUGUGCAGUUGCAUGGCACCGUCACUUUGCUCACGGUCGGAGAUCUCGAGCGUCCCCAGGGGAUGAGCGAGGCUUCCGGGGGAAAGUGCUUCGCUUGUGGUCGCUCCACCGGUUUGUGAGACCACAUGUGAGGACGGCUCCCUCGUCAUUGUAAAUCACAUCCGCACACCAGAAUAAACACUCCACGUUCUGACAAUCACAGCCAUAUCAUCAUGUAAGUUCAGUGUAAAGCAGUAACAAGGAUAUACACUAGCUGUUUUCUAAAAGUUAAAUCCUGAAAAUUGUACUAAAAAUAAUUUAUUACAAAUGUGUAUGUUUCAUAAAUAAUAUUUUUAAGUUUGACAAGUUGUACUUUGUAUUAAGGAUGUUCUCACUUUGUUUUCCCCCUUGCACACUUAGUGGACAGAUUGUAGCCACAAAAGGGAGUAAAAAUGCACACGUAGAAUGUGCUACAUUAAGAAUAUUGUAUAUAUGUAAUAAGUAAUAUAUAUUUUAGUUAUCACAACACCACUAUUGUCUUAUUAGCUUUUUAAGCUUUCAAAUAAAGAGUUACAUUGUGAGAGAAAACUAAAAAGCUCUUAUUGUGUUGCUAGUAUUGUUUUAUUAUUAUUAUUUACUUCUCACAUUUUCAAGCUGACCCACAUCCUGUUUUUUCAUCGUUAUUGAGCCAGCAAGAAGCAAUAACUGCUCACGUGCCUUUCUGGUUAAAAGCAUUGUGUAUAUACCUUUUUUUUGCAUAUUAAAUAUUUUGCUUUUUUUCAAGAUUUAAUAAAUGCAAAGCACAUUUCAAAGUUACAAA